AGAGAGAGAGACACACAGAGAUAAGAGGGGGUAGAGUCAGUUGAGCUCUGAGAGGUUUACCAGUAAAGAAGAGGGGGAAGAAGGAAGAGCAGGAGGAGUUUAAGCGAAAAGGGUUCAAACUAAGAAGAAGAAGAAGAAGCAGAUCAGACACACGAGAAAAGAGUGGAAGAACAUUACUAAAAAGACGUGGAAGCUUUGCGUUGGAUAUUUAAUCAGCUUAUCAAGAAUCCUCCUGAAGAAACAAACUACAGAGACCGAUUACAGUUUUAAGAGACUGGCGGUUGGCUAUCUGAAGACUUCAGGUGUGAACCAUUACCUGGAUGGUAGAUUAUAACCAUGAUAACCACGUCCUUUUGGAAGAAGGUCGGACACUGAACCUGAGAUGCCCACCAGAAAUGUGGGCGGUGAAUUUGGGAUGUGACUUCCAGACAACCUAGCUUUUUGUCUGACUCCACCAUGUCCCUCGUCCCCUCCUGUCUACUCCAGAGACUCCUCGCCCUCCUCGUCAUGCUGGCAUUGGGCCAGUGUCAAUUUGACGUGUGUCGCUCUCUGCGCAGCUCGGAGGCGGGGCCAGGAUGGGAGUUUUAUAGCUGCCAGCCUUCAACUGUCAACAUGAAGGAAGUGAUGCAGAUCAGAGUCGACCCCCCUGGUGUCACGUGUGGCAACCCACCUGAGAGAUUCUGUACUCUGGAGAACCCGUAUCUGUGCAGCGAUGAGUGUGAUGCUUCCAGCCCCGACCUGUCUCACCCCCCUCAGCUGAUGGGAGACAGGGAGAGGGGGGGGCUCAUCACCUAUUGGCAGACAGUCACAUGGACGAGGUAUCCUGAGCCCCUAUUGGCCAACAUCACUCUGUCCUGGAACAAGAGCCUGGAGGUGGUCGAUGACAUCAUUGUUAGCUUCGAGUAUGGCCGACCCACGGCCAUGGUAUUGGAGAAGUCUAUGGACAAAGGUGUAACGUGGCAGCCAUAUCAGUACUAUGCUGACGACUGUCUGGAGGUGUUUGGCAUGUCUCCUAAACGGGUCUCAGAUUUAGCACCGAGUAACUUGACGCGGAUCAUCUGUACCGAGCAGUACUCCCGCUGGGUCGGAGCCAAGGAGGAGAAAAACAUGGUUUUCGAGGUGCGCGCUCGGUUCGGGGUGUUCGCAGGUCCAAAGUUGAUCAACAUGGAUGCCCUGUACCUCCGGAUGGAGACCAUGAAGGGUCUGAGAGACUUCUUCACCUUCACCAACCUCCGCCUGAGACUUCUCCGCCCGGCACUGGGAGGCACCUACGUCCAAAGAGACAACCUGCUGAAAUACUUUUAUGCCAUCUCUAACAUCGAUGUACCUGCCAGGUGUAAGUGCAACCUGCAUGCAGCUCAGUGUGUAUUACGUGAUGCGACGCUGCAGUGUGAAUGCGACCACAACACAAGUGGACAAGACUGUCAGCUCUGCAACCAGGGGUUCAAAUCCCGCAGCUGGAGACCAGGAUCAUACCUGCCCUUGCCCAAAGGAACUGCCAACACCUGUGAGGCAGCAGAAACAACAUCCACGGCUGGUGACUCUGACUCAUCUGAUGGAGUGACUGACACGACUGCUACUACCAUUACUACUACCACCACUUCUACUAAAACUUCUACUAGCGCUACUACUCAGGGUAUCAUAUCUUUAUACACUAUUACGACUGACGCUAAUCUACGUGAUAUAAUCCCUAUAACUGAAUACACAUGGAUAACUGACAGUACAACUACUACAGCUGAAUAUACCACCCCUACUGACAGUACUACUACUACAACUGAAUAUACUGACAGUACUACGACUACAACUGAAUAUACUGACAGUACUACUACUAUAACUGAAUAUACCAUCUUUAUUGACAGUACUACUACUAUACCUGAAUAUACCACAUAUACUGACAGUACUUCCACUAUAACUAAAUAUACCACCCCUACUGACAGUACUACUACUACUACAAAUGAAUAUCGCACCCUUACUGACAAUACUAUUACCACUGUAACUGAUUUUACCACCCCUAUUGACAGUACUAGUACUACUAUUACAGAAUAUGCCACACCUACUGGCACUACUAGUACUGACCUCACACCAGUUUUUACAUACAUGUUGAAUUGUGAUGCUGUCAGUGUUUCUACUCCAACUGACAGUAUUUUUGCAGAAGAAGGAAGUCCUACGAGUUAUACCAAUGUAAUUGACCCGGACAAUGAUCUUACUAUCAACACCAUCACAACUGUUAUGAGUUCUGAAGAUUACCGCAUUAGUACAAGUGAUACUGGGGACUUUAUUAAAGCAGAAUCGGAUGCAUUUCCUGACUUGAGCAGUACAACAAAACCUACAGUGGAGAUAGCUUCAUCCAGCAGUCCAGCUCUGGAUAAUGGAAACACUGCUCCCUGUACCAGUAUUAGCACCUCCAGUUCCACCAGUACUAACAGCCCCACUAUCCCAGGCCUCGGUACUGACUCUGAGGUGUCUAUUUCUGACCCAGUGACUACGUCCUCUGACUCCACCAACUCAGCAGACAACAAAGACUUCACUCUCUCUGGGACUGGGACUACCAACUUGAUCAGCAGCACUACCUCACCUGAUGAGAGGUCUACAACAUCUGCUGGAACACCAACAACAAGCAUCUCAGAAAUAACCCAGGCCAGUGACAGGGCUGCCAAAGAUACUCCACCCACUACAGGAGCUGACACUGCUUCGCCUGAUAUUUUUUCAGAAACUGUGACUGAUAUACCUUCUGCUGAUGUAGCACCUCUUGAUUUACCUCGUACUGAUAUUCCACUGGAAGCACCAGCUUUCAAUCUUCGUUCACCUGAAGAAUCUCAAUCUAAUAUUCCUCUGCCAGAAAUACCUCUUCUCAAUGUACCCCCUUCAGAAUCUCCUCCUGAGAAUGUAACUUCUUCAGAUGCACCUCCUCCAGACAUAUCUUCCUCUGUUGCAGUUCCUCCAAACAAACCUUCCUUUGAUUUACCUCCGCCAGAUGCACCUUCCUCUGAUGAACCUCCUCCUGAUUUACCACCUCCAGAUAUACCUUCCUCUGAUGCACCUCCAUAUUUACCUUCCCCUGAUCUAACCUCCCCAGAUGUACCUCCCCCAAAUGUAUCUCCUCCUCCUAAUGCACUUCCUCCAGAUGUACCUUCUCCAGAUAUACCUUACCCUGAUGUACCUCCCCCAGAUAUACCUCUUCCUGAGGAAAGUACUUCAGCUAUACCUCCCUCUGAUGAACGUCCUGCGGAUUCAGCUCCCCCAGAUGAACGUCCUCCAAAUGAACCUCCUUUGGAUGUACCGCCUCCUGAUGAAUGUCUUCUAGAUAUACCUCCUUCGGACAAAUGUCCCUCAGAUGUACCUCCUCUGGAUGUACCUUCUGGUGAUGAAGGUCCUCCAGAUAUACUUCCUACUGAAAAACAACCUCCACUGGAUGGACCUCGUCCAUAUGGACCUCUUCCAAAUUCACCACCUCCAGAUGCUCCUGCAGAAUUCUUAUUGUCUCCUCCUGAAGGAGGAGGUGAUGCCAUACCCGACAUGAGCACCCCCUCCUUAGAUCAGUCAAAGCCUUCUGGGGAUUGGGCUCCGGUUGACUUCCGAUUCCCUUUUCGAGAUGGUCCAGAUUCAGGUGACGCUGUGCCAGAUGCAGGACCACAGCCUGAAAUCUUGCCAUUUGAUUCUGGUAAAUCUAUUUCUGGACUGGAUUCUGUCUCAGAAGAGACAGAUGGGACAUAUACAGAGAAAGUAGUAAAUGGUGAAAUGGAAUCACCAAUCACUACAAGUGCUGGUCUAGAUUCUCUACCGGAUUCCCGUCCAGCAGUAGAUGAUCAAGGAGUCAAUUCUACUGCAGCUCAGAUAGAAGGUUCUACUGCAGCUCAGAUAGAAGGAACGUUUCCUGGAGAAGAAACAGCUGCCAGUGGACCGGCAGAAGGUUCAGAGUCGGAUGAAAAGGAAGAAGAGAAAGUCACUAAGGAGAAAGAGGAAAGUAAAGACAAGAAGAAGGCGAAAGAGGAAAGUAAAGAAGGAAAGAAAGAGGAGAAAGGAUACGGCAAAAAAGGUACAACAUGUGUCACCAGUCCUAAAAGUGAGCUUUUGUUCUAUUCCCAAGCGACCCAGAAGAUUUUGAUUCCAGGAGGGCCAAAGUUCAGCCAGCUGUCCAAAAUUGCCUACGUGACCUUUCAGGACUGUGAGUGUAACGGUCACUCCAACCGCUGCAGCUACAUUGACUUCAUCAACGUGGUCACAUGUGUCAGCUGUAAACACAACACACGAGGACAGAACUGUCAGUUCUGUCGCCUUGGUUACUAUAGCAACGCCCUGCUGUCUCUGGACGACGAGAACGUUUGUGUCGACUGUGAGUGUGAUGUGGACGGCAGUGCUUCUCCUCACUGCUCUGACUCUGGUUUCUGCCAGUGUAAAGAUGGAGCCACAGGGAGGCGCUGUGACACCUGUUUACCUGGAUACACCUGGAGAGGAGGCGGAGCCAGCUGCACAGUUAACAUGUGUGAUGAGGAGGAUUUGAUUUGUCAGAAUGGUGGAACCUGCGUCAACCUCCAGCGCUGCGUCUGUCUGGACGGCUUUACAGGUGCAUUCUGUGAGAACCAGGUCUGUCUGAAGAAGAGUGGUUGCCUCAACAAGGCUGAGGCCUCCUCCUCCCUGAGCUCACACCUUUACCUGCUUACACUGAGCGUGGUCUCCAGUGGACUCAUCCACUGUUAACCCCGCCAACAAACCCCAGGCAAAAACAAAGUUUGUUGAAACAGGUGAAAUCACACCUCGGCCCACCUGUGAGGAAGUUUCUUCAUCUCCUGUAAGACACAUUUAAGUAAACUACUACUACUAAUACUACAACAACCACUUCCACUUCUCCCACUUUCAUUACCAUCACUACCACUAACACUGCUACCUCUACCACUUUUGCUACUACUACUACCACUUCCACAACUACUACUUCUUCUGCAACUACCACUGCAACUACUAAUACUACAACUAAAACUACAAAUACUCCCACAACUUCCAGUACAAAUAUUGCUACCACAACUAAAACCACCAGGGGUCCGUUUCAAGUAGGAGGUUUAAAAACCCUAAACUCUUGGGUUGAUUUACCCUGAGAUGGAAAACUCAGGGUAAAUUUCCGAACAGCUGUUUAGAGUUGGUUCAAUGAACUCGGAGUAGGUUGACUCAGAGUUGAGUUGAAAAUCUGUUAAAAAUAAAGAACAAAAACAUAAC